GUCUGAUGAUGUAAGAGAUAGCUGGAAAAAUAAGUCUUUUUCAAGAAGUUCUCAAAAUAAACUUUCAGCAAGUCAGAAAAAAAACAAGGUUGUACCUUUGUGGAAACAUACCCUCAAGUAGCUGUAUUUUUUUAAACUGCAUGUGCCCUCCACAUUUUAGCUCACAGAUUAUUUUUGUUUGAUUGAGGUCUUCUCAUCAGUACCAGUAGGAAGCAUAAAAGAAACAAAUGAAAGCCGAGCACAAAAACUGCAUUUAUUAUGCCUGAUUUGCAACCAUUUUCUUAAAAAAAACCCCUUAUUCAUGAAAACUUUUGAACGGAAGGCUGGUACAGUUUUUGAUGAAAUCACAGAGAAAUGUGGUGAGAUCAUGGAUGCAGAAAUGUCUGAAGAUACAGACCACAAUUUAACCCCUGGUCUUGACAGUAUGUCUUAUGCAAUGCAGAAUCAAACGGGAUCUGAAAAUUCGUUGUUGGAUGAAGAUGAUUAUUUUCUGAACUCUGGGGAUCUUGCCGGGAUUCCAGUUGUUGGGAGUGACAAUGAGGAUGAACACAAUUUUGGCACAAAGGACAAUCUCCCUUCGACAAUUCAUGCUGAUGACAGUCUGGGAGCAGAGAGAAGAGGCACAGAACCCGAGUCAGACAGUGAAAAAGAAAUACAAAUACAAAAUAAAGUAAAAAAGGACCUUCCUAAGCAAUUUGAUCAGGGCUCUGUAUUUAAAUCCAUUCGUAAAGAUUUUAGCUUAGCAAGAGAGAACAGUAAAGAGACGUUUUCAGGAAAGGAGAAAAAUAGAGAAAUUCCUUUUCAAGAACGUGAAAAACGGUUGGAUAAACCCCAUAAGGAGUUGGAUUCAAGGUUGAAAAGCAGUUACUUUGAUAAAGCAGUAACUAGUCAAGUGGAAGAAACGAUACGAACCCAGUUACCACAAACCCCAGAAACAAACUUCAGGGAGUCUAGCUAUCCAUUUACUGGUAAGGAGUCCAUUGGUCAGGAACUGGGCAAUUCGUUUGCAUCAAAUAUUAGAAUUAAAGAAGAACCUUUGGAUGAUGAAUAUGAUAAAGCAAUGGCACCACAACAGGGGCUGCUAGAUAAAAUUAAAGAUGAACCUGACAAUGCUCAGGAGUAUGGUCAUGGUCAACAGUCAAAAACUCAAGAUGGGGAACUGAAAAUUAGUGCUGUUUUUUCUGUCAGUGGUAGUCCUCUUGCUCCCCAGUUAACAACAGGCUUUCAGCCUUCGCUAGCAUCUUCUGGCAUGAAUAAAAUGCUUCCUUCAGUUCCAUCAACAGCUGUUCGGGUGUCCUGUUCUGGCUGUAAAAAAAUUCUUCAAAAGGGACAAACCGCAUAUCAGAGGAAGGGGUCUACUCAGCUAUUCUGCUCAACACUGUGCCUCACUGGAUACACAGUUCCACCUGCCCGUCCAACACUUUCUUCCAAGAAAAUCUGCUCAAGCUGCUCAAAAGACAUAUUAAAUCCAAAAGAUGUGAUCACUGCUCAAUUUGACAACACAAGCUCUAGCAAAGAUUUUUGCAGCCAGUCAUGUCUGUCUAUGUAUGAGCUGAAAAGAAAGCCUGUUGUCACCAUCCACACCAAUAGCAUCUCAACGAAGUGCAGUAUGUGCCAGAAGAAUGCAGUUAUUCGGCAUGAAGUCAAUUACCAGAACGUGGUACAUAAGCUCUGCAGCGAUGCCUGCUUCUCCAAGUUCCGCUCUGCUAACAACCUCACUAUGAACUGUUGUGAGAACUGUGGGGGUUACUGUUACAGUGGCUCUGGCCAGUGUCACAUGCUUCAAAUAGAAGGACAAUCUAAGAAGUUUUGUAGUUCAACAUGUGUCACGGCAUACAAGCAGGUACAUACCCAAACUUGCACCAAGAAAUCAGCAAAAAUUACUCCGUGCGCGCUUUGCAAAUCAUUGAGGUCUUCAGCUGAAAUGAUCGAGAACACGAAUAACUUGGGGAAAACAGAGCUUUUCUGCUCUGUUAAUUGUUUAUCCGCAUACAGAGUUAAGAUGGUUACUUCUGCAGGUGUCCAAGUUCAGUGUAACAGCUGUAAAACCUCAGCAGUCCCUCAGUACCACCUGGCUAUGUCAGAUGGAAGUAUACGUAACUUCUGCAGCUACAGCUGUGUAAUCGCUUUCCAGAACUUGUUCAACAAGCCGACAGGAAUGAACUCUUCCGUCGUACCCCUGUCUCAGGGUCAAGUCAUCGUAAGCAUUCCCACGGGGGCAACAGUAACAGCAGCAGGAGGGACGACCUCUGCCGUCUCUCCCAGCUCCGUGAGUAGCUCAGCUGCAGCCGGCCUCCAGCGACUUGCCGCCCAGUCCCAGCAGGUGACUUUUGCCCGGACCGUUGUGAAGCUCAAGUGUCAACACUGUAACCGCCUGUUUGCCACAAAACCUGAACUUCUUGACUACAAGGGUAAAAUGUUUCAGUUUUGCGGAAAGACAUGUUGUGAUGAAUAUAAGAAGAUAAAUAGUGUCAUGGCGAUGUGUGAAUACUGUAAAAUUGAAAAGAUUAUAAAGGAGACCGUGCGAUUCUCAGGAGUUGACAAGCCAUUCUGUAGUGAAGGUUGUAAACUGCUCUAUAAACAUGACUUGGCGAAACGCUGGGGAAACCACUGUAAAAUGUGCAGUUACUGUUUACAGACAUCCCCCAAACUGGUACAGAACCAUUUUGGGGGAAAGAUGGAAGAGUUCUGUUGUGAGGAGUGCAUGUCCAAAUUUACGGUUUUGUUCUAUCAGAUGGCCAAGUGUGAUGGUUGUAAACGACAGGGCAAACUCAGUGAGUCAAUGAAAUGGCGAGGAGACAUCAAACAUUUUUGUAAUCUGCUGUGUAUAUUGAUGUUCUGCAAUCAGCAGAGUAUCUCUGACCCUCCUCCACCUCAAAACAAUGCAGUAAAUGUUUCCAUGGUGCCAGCUGCUUCAACAGGCCCCCCUUCUUCUCUAAGGAAAGAUUCAACUCCAGUCAUAGCCAAUGUGGUAUCACUGGCCAGUGCUCCCGCUGCCCAGCCAACGGUUAAUUCUAACAACGUUUUACAAGGUGCUGUUCCUACUGUAACUGCAAAGAUCAUUGGCGAUGCAAGUACGCAGACAGAUGCUCUGAAACUUCCACCCUCCCAACCUCCCCGGCUUUUAAAGAACAAAGCGUUACUGUGCAAGCCCAUCACCCAAACCAAGGCCACUUCUUGCAAACCACAUACACAAAACAAGGAAUGUCAAACAGAAGAUACUCCAGUUCAGCCACAAAUGCUUGUGGUUCCGAUUCCGGUGCCCGUGUUUGUCCCUGUACCCCUGCACCUUUAUACCCAGUAUGCACCAAUCCCACUUGGGAUUCCACUUCCGAUGCCCGUUCCCAUGCUUAUCCCAACAACAUUGGACAGUGCAGAGAAGAUCAUUGAAACGAUCCAGGACAUCAAGGAAAAGAUUCCCACAAAUCCAUUUGAAGCGGACAUCCUUCAGAUGGCAGAAAUGAUUGCGGAAGAUGAAGAAAAAGAAAAAACCCUGUCCCAUGGAGGAUCCCAAACAUCUGAGCAGGAGCUCUUCCUUGACCCGAAGAUUUUUGAAAAAGACCAAGGCAGCACUUACAGUGGUGAUCUAGAGUCAGAGGCAGUGUCCACUCCACACAGCUGGGAAGAGGAGCUGAAUCAUUACGCUUUACGAUCAAAUGCCAUGCAGGAGGCAGAUCCAGAAUUGAAGCAGUUCUCCAAAGGGGACACAGAACAGGAUCUAGAAGCAGAUUUUCCAACAGAAAGCUUUGACCCAAUCACUAAGGGUCUAGGAAUCCACUCCCGCUCACGUGCUAGGCGGCGGCACCGAGAUGGCUUCCCACAACCCAAACGACGAGGAAGGAAGAAGUCGAUAGUGUCUGUGGAGCCCAGGAAUCUCAUUCAGGGAGCGUUUCCAGGCUGCUCAGUGUCCGGGAUGACGUUGAAGUACAUGUACGGGGUCAAUGCCUGGAAGAACUGGGUUCAGUGGAAAAAUGCCCAAGAAGAGCAAGGGGAGCUGAAAUUUGGAGCUCGCCCUGUGAAGCUAAAGGAAGAUAUUCUUUCUUGCACAUACGCUGAGUUAAGCUUGGGUCUAUGCCAGUUUAUCCAAGAGGUUCGGAGGCCAAAUGGUGAAAAAUACGAUCCAGACAGCAUCUUGUACUUGUGCCUUGGAAUUCAGCAGUACCUGUUUGAGAACGGUAGAAUAGAUAACAUUUUUACCGAGCCAUAUUCCAGGUUUAUGAUUGAACUUACAAAACUCUUGAAAAUAUGGGAGCCUACAAUACUUCCUAAUGGUUACAUGUUCUCACGAAUCGAAGAGGAGCACUUAUGGGAGUGUAAACAGCUGGGUGCAUACUCCCCAAUAGUCCUCUUGAACACCCUUCUGUUCUUCAACACCAAAUAUUUUCAACUAAAGAAUGUCACUGAGCACCUGAAGCUUUCCUUUGCCCAUGUGAUGAGGCGUACUAGGACUCUGAAGUACAAUACCAAGAUGACAUAUUUGAGGUUUUUCCCACCGUUCCAAAAGCAGGAAGUAGAAACUGAUAAAUUAUCAGUGGGCAAAAGGAAACGCGGUGAGGACGAAGAGGUUCCCACAGCCGUAGAAAUGGCCGAGAACACCGAUAACCCACUACGGUGCCCAGUUCGGCUUUAUGAAUUUUACUUGUCGAAGUGUUCUGAAAGCGUGAAGCAGAGGAGCGAUGUGUUUUACCUCCAGCCGGAGCUCUCCUGCGUCCCAAACAGCCCCAUGUGGUACUCUACUUUACCGAUAGACCCCGGAACACUGGACACCAUGUUAACACGCAUCCUCUUGGUGAGGGAAGUGCACGAAGAACUUGCCAAAGUCAAAUCCGAGGACUCCGAUGUCGAGUUAUCAGAUUAAAACUGCAGUGGGGUUUUAUUUUCAUAUGCAUUUGCAAGCACCAAACUGUGAAAGCGGCCCGCCUCCGGCCAUCAGACAAGCCAAGUCCUCUCGACUUCGAACCGAAAAAAAUAAAAAAACCGGAAAAGCAAAGGAAAAAGGAAAAAAAGGCAUCUUGUGAAACACAGCGGAUUUAUAAACUGGAAUCGAAGGAAGCGACACGUAAGCUGAGAGAAAUGAGGUCCUUUGACAGUGGACAGAUUCUUAAAGCAGACAAACUAAAGAUGAACUAACCUA